AAUUGCGCAAGAGUGCCGAUUCAGCACACGACGUGUCUGGAGCUGAGCUGCGUACUCGGGAGAAGCAGGAGAAUGGCUCGCUCUUUCAAGGAAGAAUGCUCCUACCUGGAGAAAAUGUCCGACUACUGCUACAAGAUCAACAAGGGCUUCGUGCCUAACAUGAAAGUUGAGGGACUGUUUUAUGUGAACGAGAGUCUCAAAGGCCUCAUGUAUGAGGAACUGCGACACCACAGUGCAUCUCAAGGUGUUGGUGGGUUUUUACCAGCCGUGAAACAGAUUGGCAAUGUGGCUGCCUUGCCAGGGAUCGUAGGGAAAUCUAUUGGACUGCCCGACAUUCACUCUGGAUACGGUUUUGCUAUCGGAAACAUGGCGGCGUUUGACACAGCGGACCCAUUAGCUGUCGUUUCUCCCGGUGGAGUUGGAUUUGACAUAAACUGUGGAGUGCGUCUUAUCCGGACAAAUCUCACUGAGAAAGACGUCGUUCCUAUUAAAGAGCAGCUGGCUCAGUCUUUGUUUGAUCACAUUCCGGUGGGAGUGGGGUCAAAGGGCAUUAUUCCUAUGGGUGCUCGUGACCUCGAGGAAGCCUUAGAGAUGGGAAUGGACUGGAGUCUCAGAGAGGGCUACGCCUGGGCCGAGGACAAGGAGCACUGUGAGGAGUAUGGGCGGAUGCUGCAGGCUGAUCCGUCAAAGGUGUCCUCACGAGCAAAGAAACGAGGCCUACCACAACUGGGGACAUUGGGUGCGGGGAACCACUAUGCAGAGAUACAAGUCGUGGACGAGAUUUACGACGACCUCGCUGCUUACAGAAUGGGAGUUGAGCAGAAAGGACAGGUGUGUCUGAUGAUCCACUGUGGCAGUCGAGGGCUAGGUCACCAAGUGGCAACGGAUGCUCUGGUGGAGAUGGAGAGAGCGAUGAAGAGAGACAGGAUCCAAGUCAACGAUCGCCAGCUGGCUUGUGCCCGCAUCUCGUCCACCGAGGGACAGAACUACCUCAAAGCCAUGGCGUCUGCUGCCAACUACGCCUGGGUCAACCGCUCUAGCAUGACCUUCCUUGCCAGACAGGCAUUUGCAAAGGCAUUCAAAUCCACUCCGGACGACUUGGACAUGCACGUCAUUUAUGACGUCUCACACAACAUUGCCAAGUUUGAAGAACACAUGCUGGAUGGUAAGCAGAGGAACUUGCUGGUCCAUCGGAAGGGCUCCACCCGUGCCUUCCCUCCACACCACCCUCUCAUCCCCGUGGACUACCAGCUCAUUGGUCAGCCUGUUCUCAUUGGAGGAACCAUGGGAACGUGCAGCUACGUGCUGACUGGUACACAGAAAGGUUUUGAGGAGACGUUUGGGUCGACAUGCCACGGAGCAGGACGAGCACUUUCAAGAGCAAAGUCCAGGCGAACACUUGGGUACGAAGACGUGCUUGAAAAGUUGGAGCAGAAAGGAAUAUCAAUCAGAGUGGCUUCACCCAAGCUUGUCAUGGAAGAGGCUCCAGAGUCAUACAAGAAUGUCACGGAUGUUGUCAAUACAUGUCAUGCUGCUGGUAUUAGUAAGAAAGUCAUCAAACUAAAGCCAAUUGCUGUCAUAAAAGGAUAAAUAAAAAACAUUUUUCUGUGUUUCUGUUUGUUGUUUUGAAAACAUGAGUUGACAGAAAUUUCUGUGUCACGUGACUCUUGGCGCCAAAAUUCAUCGCCCUCCCGAGCUGGCUGGCGGCCCAGCUAGAGCUCUGCGUGUGCUGCUUGCUGCAGUCGUCACCGCUUCGCCUCUGCCGGUGAAAAGGAGCUGCCUACACAGCGUGAAGAAAGCACGAGCUUCUAGCGCUGAGCUGUUGCCACCGCAGAGGUUGCGUAGGGGAUCUGAUGGCUACCCAGUCUACUCGCUCAAAGCCUACCUCCAGAUUGUCUAAGGAGCGAGCCACAUCUUCAAUGGCCGCUCCACGCCUCGACAAGGGGAAAGGUAAAAAGCCAAUCUCCAGUAAGACGACAUCUAAAAAAGGCAAAGCUCCCUCACCGACGGUUGCCACUGACGAGGAAGAGUAUGAGGUGGAAUCUAUUCGAGCCCACCAGUGGUCUGAAGAGUACCAAGAGUACGAGUACCUUCUCAAGUGGAAGGGGUAUGGGGAGGAAGAGAACUCGUGGGUGCUGGCCAGCGGCAUGAACUGCUGGGACCUCCUCCAGUCCUACCUCGGCAAGAAUGUAUUCGUAAACCCCUCCAAUCUCUCCCACACUACCGCAACUCCAGUAGUUCCCCCCAAUUCAGCAUCCUCUUCUUCUUCGACAAAAGCAAAGGUUCACUCGAUGUCCGGCUCCUCGAAAGUUAGGGCCCGUUCGAAAGCAAAGCCGGGGAGGUCGAACCAGCCUGACGAUAGCUCAUUGCCGGCAAAUGACAUUCUCGUGAGUAAUACCCUGCACUCAAAGGGCACGCUACGGCUGCAUUUGUCCGAGCCGACAAGCGGAACCAGCAGGAGACUGUCGUCUUUUUCUCAUCAACACAGACGGGCCACUGAAAAAGACAGGGUCAAGAAGGGUGCCCAUUUUUCAACACCGAAACUCCUACCAUCCUCGUCAGUGAGAUUCAGGGAACAGCAACAGCGACCGAAAUCAGCUUCCUCGCGAAGCAGACAAAAGGUGAAGGACAUACUGAAGCAGAGGAAGGGGAGGAGUGGGGGCGACUUUGUCCUCACCUCUCCAUCCGUGAGCCCUCUCUUGUCGAGUUGCGACGACUCGAGCUCGCUGGUGUCAGACGGUAGUUUCUCUGUCGACGAUUCAUUCCGACUGCAUCUCGAUUCGGACGAGGACAGCAGUGUCUCUGGGAACCGUAGUAGUCUGUCUGGAGAGACGCCGCUUCCUUCCUUGGAACAGCCUCCCAUGGUAAAAGGCCACUCAAGGGUUCAGAUAAACGUCUGCUCUUCGCGGAUAAAGCGCACGUUGAACGGGCUCAACCACUCGGUGCUUCAGCGGAACAACAGAGUGGAGACAAUCGGGAAGAGCCUACUACCCAAUGGCCACACUGCAAACGACAAGAAUGUGGUCUUGAACGGCCAUGCUGCAAAUGGCAAGAAACUGGUCUUGGGCGGCCACCCCAUGAACAGCAAGAAAGCGGUCUUGAACACCCACGCUGCAAACGGCAAGAUGGUCGUCUUGAACGGCCGCACACCAAACGGCAAGAAGGUUGUCUUGAAGAAAAAGAAUGGGAUCGUUUGCCACACUCCCACCUCGACCACCCAGUCCACUGCCACCGAGAACUCGUCUGACAGCGAGUCCUGGUCCAAGAGACGGCUGCGGAAACGAGCACAUUCCUCCUCACCCACUCCCUCACUAGAGCUAGUCCCUUCGAGUGGCUCUAGCACCUCUGGCAGUGGAGGUCACGCUGAAGUCUCCUCCACCACCUCUUCCUUGAAUGCAAAGGCCUACCUCACUCCGACGUUUAGUUUGCCCCCCACGCCACCGCCCCAACCUUCUCUCCUACAAACAGUCCAACUAUCUUCUCCGACUACAGCCCCAGUGUCGUUAGACCCAGUGUACUCCCAGCCACUGAUCCCUAACCCGGAGUAUCAACAGGAGCUCCUGGAGUGGCAGUUCAUGCUCAACCAGCAAUGCCGGAAAAACGAGGCCUUCAUUCUCGUAGAGAAUCGCAUCGACCAGGCUCCAAUCCCGUGGACCUUCAAGUACAUCACAUCCAACCUGUACGGAGAAGGGGUCCCGAACCCGCAGAGUUCCGAAGUCGGGAGCACGGUGUGCGGAUGCAACUGCUACCUCAUGGGGAAAAAGUGCAGCCCCAAGAACCAGUACUGCUGUCCGAAAAUGGCCGGAGCAGAGUUCCCUUACUCCCUCGCCGGGAAGAUCAGGUUACCGCCGGGGAACCCAAUCUACGAAUGCAACUCUCGCUGCAACUGUCCGCAGGACUGCAUCAACCGCAUCGUGCAAUGUGGACGAAAGAUCAACAUGUGCAUCUUCCGCACGCCCAACGGUCGGGGUUGGGGAGUCAAGACAAUGGAGCCGAUAAAACCAAACACAUUUGUGACGGAGUACGUAGGGGAGGUGGUUACGACGGAGGAGGCGGAGAGGCGCGGGGAGCUCUACGACCAGGAGGGCAGGACCUAUCUCUUUGACCUCGACUUCAACUGCGAUGACAACGCUUUCACCAUAGACGCUGCACACUACGGCAACAUCUCCCACUUCUUCAAUCACUCUUGCAAUCCAAACCUGAGGGUCUACUCAGUCUGGAUCGACACGCUGGACGAGAGGCUCCCUCGCAUCGCCUUCUUCUCCACACAGAACAUCAGCACAGGUCAGGAGCUGACCUUUGACUACCAGAUGAACCAAGACGAACAGGGUCAGGUGGAGUGCCUCUGUGGGGAGGCCAACUGCUGUGGGUACUUGUACUGAAGAGGGUGUACAAUAGGCUAUUCAGGUUAUUAUGAGGGUUGUAUUUAUGGACAUGUACACAUGUUUGUCUCUUCGGGUGUAUGCUGGUAAAUGGUGCGAGGAUUGUUACUGUCUCCUAUCUCUUUGCACUUUUGUAUGUACUAUCAUUGCUUUUUAUGCUGCGGUCUACUUGUCACGUGAAAUUUGUUCCAUCAUGCCAAAUCAAAACUGAGAUUC